GGAGCGGGCACGAUGCGGCUCGGCGGGGCGGCGCUGCUGCUGUGCGCGGCGGGGAUGGCCGUGGCCCCCGCACCGGCACCGGGAGCCGGGCCCGAGCGGCGGGCGGCGGCGGCGGGAGCCCCGCGGGAGCGCCGGGCACAGUUCGCCUCCUGGGACGAGGUGAACGUGCUGGCUCACGGGCUGCUGCAGCUSGGGCACGGCCUGAAGGAGCACGUGGAGCGCACCAAGGGGCAGCUGCGGGAGCUGGGCGGGCGGCUGAGCGCCCACAACAGCUCCCUGGGGCGGCUGCUGCGGCAGGCGCGGGAGGCGCAGGAGCGCGGCGAGCGGCUGCGGGGCAGCGUGCGGGAGCUGGAGGGCCGCGGCCGGCAGCUGCUCAACCUCUCCGAGGCGCUGCGGCAGCGGCUGGAGGAGGUGGCAGCCGACAAGGACGCGCUCCAGGGGCGGCUGGAGCGGCUGGAGGGCCGGGUCCGUCUGGCGCUGCAGGCGCGGCCGGCCGGGAACCAGAGCGCUCGGGACCUGGGGGCGCUGCAGUCCCUGAUGGAUGCUCAGAACCUGCGGAUCGAGGAGCUCCUGCAGAAAAUCAAGCAGCAGCAGUACAAGCUGGACAAGCAGAACCUGCAGAUUAAAAGCCUUCAGAGCAAGGUCAAUCUACUAAUUCCCCUACACCACAACAAAACACAGUCUCCAAAGUGGAAGAUAAACCUGAAGAAGAGCCUCAAUCUGACCAACCAGAGUCAGAAUGGCAGUGUGGAGCCUGUGCAGACACAGAAGCUCCCAGAGGGUUGCCACCAGCUCUUCCUGGCUGGGCAGCGAAGCAGCGGUGUUUUCCAGGUGCAGCCUGCAGGAUCUCAGCCCUUCAGAGUCUACUGUGACAUGACUGCAGAGGGUGGCUGGACAGUGAUCCAGAGGCGCAUGGAUGGCUCUGUGGACUUUGACCAGCUCUGGGAUGCCUACAAGAAUGGCUUUGGAGACCUUCAUGGUGACUUCUGGCUGGGCCUGGAGAAGAUACAUCACAUUGUCCAAGAGGGAAAAUACAAUCUCCUGAUUGAGCUGGAAGACUGGGAGGGAAAUUCCCAGGUGGUUCAGUUUGUGUUCAGCCUUGGUGGUGAGAGCACAGCCUACACACUCAACCUGCUGGGGCCYCUGUCUGGAGAGCUGGAAAAUGCCCUUGGAGAGUUCAGGCAGCUGCCCUUCUCCACUCGUGAUCGUGACCAUGACCUUAAAGCGGACACAAACUGUGCCAAACACCUCUCAGGUGGCUGGUGGUUCAGCACCUGUGGCCAUGCCAACCUGAAUGGGAAAUACUUCCGCUCCAUCCCCCGGCAGAGGCACGAGCGCAAGCAGGGCAUCUUCUGGAAGACAUGGAAGGGCAGGUACUAUCCCCUGAAGUCAACCGUGAUGAAAAUCCAACCUGCAGUGCUGGAAGCAGAGCCCUAACGCUGCUAUUUGAGACUUUCUUUGUGGAGCACAGACCUGAGCUCCAUCACUCGGUGUUUACAGAAGACGACGCCCCCUCCCUUGGUUAGAAGUCCUUUAGUGGCACGAAACUGGUCCUCACUAAAAGUAAAACAGCUCCAUGUUGCCAAAACCCCUGGAUGGGAGCUCCCAAACAUGAAGAGGAGCCAUCAGGAGGGUGAUCCAUGUCCAGAGCAUGCACAGGGGUCUACUGACCUGCCACGUGCUGCUGCGGGAAGUUCAAAUUGUCUGGUGCUUUCUAUCCUGUCUUAACAUUUCUGUACUGUGUUGAUGAGCUGGGCCUGUGGCAGGUGGGGCACGUGAAGUGUCUCACUGCUCUGGACUACAGCACUGGGUACGGAGCCUUGCUGUGUCCUGUCUUUUGCUGUUCUCCCCAAAUGAUGUCCCCAUACCCUCUGUGAGAGCCCUGGAGCCUCCUUGCCCUGCUGGGGCUGGGGGCAGUGAGCCUCAGGCAGCUUUAUAUCACAUCCCAUCCCCCUGAGCUGCAGGGCUUGAGGGGAGGGUAAGGGUCACCUGUGCAGACAGGGAGCUCGGGGUCACUUGCCUUCCCUUUGAAGAGCUGUACUUCUGGCUGUGCUGGAAUUUGCUGGGAGCUGGGAAAUCUGCUUCCAGCUGUAAGGUUGGUGGGUGAG